CAAACUCCUGGGAGGGAAGCCAGAGCCCAGGCCUUUCCUUUGAGGAGCAGAUGCGGCCCUUCUGUGUGCCGGCCACCUUGUAAAGAAAAGCUGAAAUAUUUGAGCUUUGUGCAUGUAAAUAAAUGACCUGGGAACAGACUGAACUCAUGGACCCUCAUCACAUCGUCGAAGACAACCGAGUGGCCCAUCCCCAAGACCCUCACCACCCUUCGGAGAAGCCUGUCAUUCACUGCCAUAAAUGCGGGGAGCCGUGCAAGGGUGAAGUGCUUCGGGUUCAGACCAAACAUUUCCACAUCAAAUGUUUCACCUGCAAAGUGUGCGGCUGUGACCUGGCACAAGGGGGCUUCUUCAUAAAGAAUGGGGAAUAUCUCUGCACACUGGACUACCAGAGGAUGUAUGGCACACGCUGCCAUGGCUGUGGGGAGUUCGUGGAAGGAGAGGUGGUGACUGCCCUGGGCAAGACCUACCAUCCCAACUGCUUUGCUUGUACUAUUUGCAAGCGCCCGUUUCCACCCGGAGACCGAGUCACGUUUAAUGGGAGAGACUGCCUUUGUCAACUCUGUGCACAGCCCAUGUCGUCCAGCCCUAAAGACAUGCCCUGCUCCAGCAAUUGCGCCGGCUGCGGGAGAGACAUCAAGAACGGGCAGGCGCUGCUGGCGCUGGAAAAGCAGUGGCACUUGGGGUGCUUCAAAUGCAAGUCCUGCGGGAAGGUCCUCACCGGGGAGUACAUCAGCAAGGAUGGUGCCCCGUACUGCGAAAAGGACUACCAGGGGCUCUUUGGGGUGAAAUGUGAAGCCUGCCACCAGUUUAUCACAGGGAAGGUCCUGGAGGCAGGUGACAAACAUUACCACCCCAGCUGUGCACGAUGCAGCAGAUGCAACCAGAUGUUCACAGAAGGAGAGGAAAUGUAUCUUCAAGGUUCAACCGUUUGGCAUCCCGACUGUAAGCAAUCUACCAAGACCGAGGAGAAGCUGCAGCCACCAAACAUUCGUCAUUCUUCAUCUGAUUUCUUUUAUCCCAAAAGUCUGAUUCGACGCACAGGACGGUCUCCAUUUCUCCAGCCUACCAGGACUUCCUCCGAAAGCAUUUAUUCUAGACCAGGCUCCAGUAUCCCUGGCUCUCCGGGUCACACUAUCUAUGCAAAAGUGGACAAUGAAAUCCUGGAUUACAAGGAUUUAGCAGCCAUUCCCAAGGUCAAGGCAAUUUAUGAUAUUGAACGUCCAGAUCUUAUUACCUAUGAGCCUUUCUACACUUCGGCCUACGAUGACAAACAGGAGAGGCAGAGCCUGGGAGAGUCCCCAAGGACUUUGUCUCCUACUCCAUCAGCAGAAGGGUACCAGGAUGUUCGGGAUCGGAUGAUCCACCGGUCCACUAGCCAGGGCUCCAUCAACUCCCCCGUGUACAGCCGCCACAGCUACACUCCGACCACGUCUCGCUCUCCCCAGCAUUUUCACAGACCUGGCAAUGAGCCGUCCAGCGGCCGGAACUCCCCUCUCCCUUACCGGCCAGACAGCCGCCCUCUAACUCCAACUUACGCUCAGGCCCCUAAACAUUUCCAUGUUCCAGAUCAAGGGAUCAACAUCUACCGAAAACCACCCAUCUACAAACAGCAUGAUGCAGCUGCCCUGGCAGCCCAGAGCAAGUCUUCAGAAGAUAUCAUCAAGUUUUCCAAGUUCCCAGCAGCCCAGGCUCCAGACCCCAGCGAGAUACCAAAGAUUGAGACGGACCAUUGGCCUGGUCCCCCCUCACUUGCCGCCAUAGGAGCCGACAUGAGACGCAGAUCUAGUGGCAGAGAGGAAGAUGAGGAGGAGCUUCUGAGACGCCGGCAGCUGCAAGAAGAGCAAUUGAUGAAGCUCAACUCGGGCCUGGGGCAGUUGAUAUUAAAAGAAGAGAUGGAGAAGGAGGGCCGGGAGAGGUCAUCCCUGUCAGCCGGUCGCUAUGACUCUCCCAUUAACUCAGCUUCACAUGCUCUGUCAUCUAAAACCUCCUCUCUCCCAGGCUAUGGAAGAAAUGGGCUUCACCGGCCUGUUUCUACAGACUUCGCUCAGUACAGCAGCUAUGGAGACGUCAGUGGAGGGGUGCGAGACUACCAGAUGCUCCCAGAUGGCCACAUGUCCGGAACGAGAAUGGACCGGGGAGUAUCCAUGCCCAACAUGUUGGAACCAAAGAUAUUUCCAUAUGAAAUGCUGAUGGUGACCAACAGAGGGCGCAACAAAAUCCUGCGUGAUGUGGACAGAACCAGGCUGGAGCGCCACUUAGCUCCGGAAGUGUUUCGGGAUAUCUUUGGAAUGUCCAUACAGGAGUUUGACAAGUUACCUCUUUGGAGACGCAACGACAUGAAGAAAAAAGCAAGACUUUUCUAGGUCCCACGUGUAGACGGCAAAUAGAAAAAGGGCUGACGAUGGCAGUGACACAUAGGAUGCUGUAUUAAGGCUCAACUUGAGUGGAGAAUUUGCAGGCUACUGUCCCUCAGCAACAAGCAAAAGGGAAAAUCUGAUUAAAACACCCAAGAGCCAGAUAUUGAGCUAGCCAAUGGCAACACUUGCCAAGAAGCAAAGGGGUAGAAAUUUCUAUGUUCCCACACUCGACAGUAGUGUUCACAUGUGACCUUUUCACGUCACCUUAUGUACCCAACAGGAGCUACUUCUCUUGUUUUCCUUUAACUGUUGUCCAACAAUAGUGAUGACUGUAUGGAUAAGAGCCAGAAAGUGCCCUUAGGAUGCCACAUGGAAAAAAGCAGUUGUAAUCAAUUCCAAAGUAUGAAUCUAUUUAUGAUGUAGCACUGUGGCUGAGAAGGAAGAGCCUGAGGGACACAUCCACGUGGCUGGUGGCAGCCCCUUUGCACACUCCUUUCCUCACUGCCUGAUGCAGCCCUGCCUGGGCUCCAGCAGAAUGGAAGUCAAGAGUUGGGGAACCCGGCCGCUCUGGUAGAGUGCGCUGAACAGCAGCCAAAGUAAUUUAAGGCAAAGAGAGGAAAAGGGAAUGAAAGGAAAACAUCCCUUAACUCAUUUUCUGCUGCAGAGAGUGGGCUUCAUCCUUCCUCCCCAGCAAGGACAGGCAGUGUCUCGGGCCCCACUGCUGCAAAGAAGGGGGAGGGAAAAACUUUCUCCUGACCAGCCCAGUUGCUCGCUGUUAGAUGGUUUUUGCCCAGGGGCCGUAGCUCUCUUGGCCAAAAAAAGACAAAGUUCUGAGUCCUACCAAUGCCAGUUCAUCCACCCUGCGUCCCCUGCUGUUCCCCAGCAUCUCUGAAUCUGAGCAAGCCCAUGCUGAUUUGGGUUUGUUUUUUUUUAAGGUCUUUUUUAGUAGUAGGCUAAGGAAAGGCAUGUUUUUGUCUUUUAAAUCUCUGCAACACCAAGGUAGAUUGCUUCAGAGUGAUUUAAAAGGAAGAUGAGCCUUUUCAGCUUGCUUCUUGGCCUAGCUCUGUUGACUUCAUGGGUGUGUGUGUGUGUGUGUGAGUGUGUGAGAGAGAGAGAGAGAGAGUGUGUGCGUGUUUUAACUCAUCCAGUGUAGUUUUGAGAAUCUGCAUGUACUCUUAAAUUUCAUUUAUGCUUAAAUAUAUGUCAUGAUGUGCUGCAGCUUGUAAGGGGCAUUUGCACAGGUGUGCAUGACUCAAAGGUCUAGAGUGAGGCUAAAGCACAUCUUCAGCCUGGCGUCCUUCACGGAAGGUGUUGGCAUCAGAAGCCAGCAUACAUGACCAAUGCAGCUCAAGGCAACAUCACACUGAAGACCACAGACCUAGUUGGCUGUGUGUGGACACCAGAGCAUCUCAGCAGAGUCCUUAACCCCAGCAACACGAGUUUCAAACUGGAGUCUAGGAUUUCACCAAAACUUGCACGUCAGACCACGCCAUGAUCCCUGAGAGCUCUGGUCAGGCCUCAAACAGGAUGUGAGUCAGAUGAGGGGGAGUAUCUCCUUCUCCACACAGAGGAGGACGUCACAUUUAUUCUCAUGCUUUGGGUUCUGCUUAGGAAUUUAAACCCCGUUUCAAAGGCAAAGGAGAAAACAUUUGAAUUCACCUGCAUAGGCCACUAGUAAGAAAAGUGCAGAAAUUCUUCCUGCUGGUACCAAGUAUUAGAAGUAGUAGAGCUGACACCAAUGGUGAAAAGCAAAUAGAGUUCUGACUCCGUGCUGCAGACCUGUCACUCACGACACUCCAUCAACUGGGUCUGCAGCGCUUACCGUGAUUGUCUCCUGUAAUCCUCCUGUGCUCUUUCCCAGGAAUCUAAAUUUGCCUGUCCUUCCAAUGCUAGGCAUGGAGUGUUUGAGGCCUGUUCUCACAAGAGUGUGUGUAUGUGUGUGUGUGUGUGUGUUGGACACACUGACACAUUUUGCAGAUGAUUCUGAUGGAGGCAGACCUGAGGAGACCAGCCCCUCCUUCGAUGGAAGUCAGGCUGCAUACCAGUGGCCUCCUGCUUCAUUCGCAGUUUCCACUGCCCCAUCUUGUCUCUGGCCUCUCCUGCCUUGGUGGCCUCCACACCGUGCCUGCAUGUAGUCCUUGCUCUGCUCUGGUGAGGUGUGACGGGUGGGGACCACGGUGUGCCUCCAGGUUUUCCCUCCUGCAGUCAAUACCAAGGACCGCCUGAUGGGUCCCCACGCCAGUGGGACUGGUUUUUUUGUUAUGGGGAUAAUAAAGGUUUUCAUCAGUUAAUGAGUUAUGACCUGCACACAUGCAGAUCAAAUGUCAGUGUAAUAAAAGCUGCAGUGAUAGUUAAAGAACUAAGCCCAAAAUCUAUGCCCACUAAUGAAAGUCUACCUUUUUUGUAUCUUUUAAUUCAGUUCUGCCUUCAAUUUAGAAGGGAUGAAAGUUUCUUUCCAUAUCAGGUGUAUUAGCUAGUUUAAACUACGCCAAGAAAAGGUCAGUAGCCUCCUAUCUGCAAGCAGAGCAGCUCUGUGCUCUGGGGAGGGGGCACUGGAAGCCAUAAUGCAGGGUGGGCUGCCCAGCGGAAGGCUCCAGCUGGAGGGAUAGGUCGUGGAGCAGCCUCUCCCUACUGCCCAGUCUAAUGUAUGGGCCACAACACCCUAUCCAUUUUGUUGAACUGGGCUCAGCAUGCUUGUCCUCAAAAUGUCCAGACCAUUGCAUAGGAGAUCAGUGUUCUCUGCUUGCACCGGCCCCUGCACUACACAUAAAAAUUGCAGUUGUUAAUGCCGUCAAAUUAAUGGGAAUUGUUCACUCCGGGAAAGGAGUUAAUAUAUGGCAAGCUUCCCUGGUACACACACAAAGGGCUACACUACUUUUGAGCCUUGAGCUUGCUUGUGAUUCUUUAAUCACACACUGAUUGCAUGAAAUCAAUAUGAAAGAGUGCUUCCAUUAAAGUUCCUUCCAGAGAAGCCAGGAUACCAUUUAGUCUUCCUCUGUGAUUUAGGAUGAGCCGUAAAGAGCAUUUGGAAACUUCUACAGCUCACUAUGCAUCUGCAUGUUUGUGUGGGUCAGUUAGGAAAUGUUCUCAAAGUGACUUCUUCAGCGACUAAAGAUAAACUGCCUAUUCUCUGAAACCUCAAACAGAAAAGCCAGAGUUAGCUUUUCUCUCAGUCUGGUUAUGUCAAUCAACUCUGCUCGGAGAAGUCUUGCUGGAAUGUUUAUAAAACUUACGCCUAAUUUCUUUACACUUCAAAGCAGACACCUUUUUCUAAAGAAUUGCUUCUCAGAUGAUUAUGUAAAAUAUAUACGCUUUUGCAGGUUUAAAAAAUUGAAACUAACCACUUUUGACUAGGUAGGUCUUCCUAGAAACUCUUUAAAGCAAACCUGGUGUUGGCGUCCUGCGUGUCAAAGGGGCGGGCAGCCCCUGCAGGCUGUGUGAGCCCUCUUUCUGUCAUGAAAAAUAGUGGAGGGAAAAUAAACUGUCUUCCACCCUUCUGCAUCCUCUGAAGCAAGCUCAGUUUUUACAAAUCACUUCUGUAUUUCUGGUCACUGGUUAAUUUACUUCCUAAACCAGCCUUGAUUUUAUUUCAUUUUUAGAACUCUCUUCUUUUGACAAACCAAGUGUUUGUCGCUAUGCCCUAAGAUUCAUUCAUUAGCACUCCUUUCUGAAGAAUGUUCUACUCAGAAAAAGAGAUUACUUCAGGUUUGAGAUUUGCAGGGACACCACCUUAUGGUAAAGACGGACAUUAAGGGGACUACCUAACUUGUAAUGAAAGAAAGAGAAACUUUCACUUUAUCAUUUUUAAAAAAAUCACUCUCUUUCCAUGUGCUGCCCAGGAAGCAGUGGGGGAGAUGAUGACUGGCAUGCUUUGCAUAUGGAUUUUUGUGUUUUUAUUUGGAAAAGGAUAAUUUAGGGCAAACUCAAAAAGAAAGGGAGGAGGUCAGUUUACGCCGAAAGAAAGAAACUUUCUAAACAACAUACGUGUUCACAGCAAAAUUAAACAAAUCCAACAUUUCCGAAGCUUAGUGUAAUCGAGUGGCAGUUGUGAUUAAAUAAAAUUCUUCCCCAGAGCGUCUGUCUCUCCCAGGAAUGAAGAUCCCGUGGGUCACUUUCUGAGCCCAUUCACCGAAGGUUGAUGAAGACAACGUGUAUACACUGUCAUUCAGAAAGGUGGUAACCACUUAACGAUUGUACGUGCAUCUCUCUCUUCAGUCUGGAGGAGAAAAUGACUGUCCAUAAAAUUGAUAUUCUUCUGGGGUUUUAUGUACAGGCCUGUUGGGUAAUAAAUGUGUGUGGUUGAGUUGCUGACAGUCCUACAUUGAAAUUCUUGCCUUUCAUUUUAAGUUGGGUUUCGUGGAAUUUUUUUUAAGUGUCAGAAGGCAUACAGUCUUCCUACCUUCCCAUCCCUUCCAGAAAUAUGAAAGCAAAUGUUUGGAAGAACUGCUGUUUCAAAGAUGUGUCGUGUCCCUUGUGAAAGUGAGUGGGUGUCGGUCUGCGCCCAAGUCCCGCGUGCUGGUGUGCAGAGCGGAGGCGCCCGGCUGGUCCCCGUUGCUGUGCGUGCCUCCCGACCUGCUCCGCGCUCCUGUUGACAGCAGACUUGCCACUCCCCUGCCGCUGUAAUCCGCGUCCUGUUGUACUCACAACUCGGUGAAUAAAGUGUGUGCUUUAUUCCUAAACGCC